GUGACAGGUAUCAAAUACAUUCCAUUCGCUCCGUUCCAGCAUUUUAUUAUGAGCCGUUCUCCCCUCAGCAGCCUCCACUGAAGUCUAGGGCUUCUCAGAGAAGAUGUCAGGGGGGAGCAGUGGGCAUACCAGGACGCGAGAGGAAUUUAAGGUUGUGAUAGUAGGUGAUGGUGGAUGUGGGAAAACCUCUCUACUCCAGGUUUGCACUAAAGGAGACUUUCCAGAGAAAUAUGUUCCAUCUGUGUUCGAAAAAUGUGUCGCCAACGUGAGGUACAGAGGCGCUGAGUUUCGUCUGAACAUCUACGAUACUGCAGGUCAAGAGGACUACGACCGAUUACGCCCUCUGUCCUAUCAGAGUGCCAACCUGAUAUUGAUCUGCUAUGAUGUCACUUGCCCCUCAAGUUAUGACAAUUUGCUAAUCAAGUGGUUCCCCGAGGUGCAUCACUUCUGCCGUGGCGUGCCCAUUAUCCUGGUAGGAUGUAAAACAGACCUGCGGAAAGACAAGGUCUUGGAAAAGAAACUGUGGUCUUCAGGCGAGAACCCCAUCACAUACAUUCAGGGUGAAGAGACCAAAAGGAAGAUCAACGCUGACCUCUACUUGGAGUGUUCAGCCAAAUACAAGGAGAAUGUGGAGGACAUAUUCAGAGAGGCUAUCAAACGAGCCAUUGCAGUAACAAGGAAGACAAAAUGGAAAAGAUUCUGUGCCUUUCUGUGACCCAAGAGAUAAUGCUAUCCACCACCGUGAGCUCCUGAUAGACAGUGCUCUAGGCCUAUACUCUCAGGGAAAACACAGAUGACUCCUCCCUACGACAAGUCCUCUUACACUUUUGAUGCUGCCUGUCCACUGCAUUUUCCCCUCUGCUAACCCACUUCCUUUGUGUGGUUUUCCUUCCUGCUAUUUCUUGACAUAUCUUCAAAAUGUAUUUCUUUAAAAGAAACG